AUGCCUCGUCAGAGCUUCAAGACCCCAUCCCCAGCACCAGCUCUCAAGCGGUCCCAUGAAGCUUCCCACCAAUCAACCGUUGAGGCCCAUCCUCCCAAGCGUGCUACCCUUGAAGCACCAACAAAGCCCAAGUUUUUCAUGACGGAUACUCCUCCCACCAACCUCAGCCGCUUCCCUGAAGCUGAAAGUCAAGUGCGCCAACAGCGCAUAACCGAGAACAACCGUGACACAAACUCACUCAAGCCAAUCGAGGCGAUGAGCAAUGAGGAACUGGAGGAGUCCAUCAAAAUGAGACUACCCAGAAAGGCACGCACGAGUGCCGAAACGGACAUUGGCACCACUGGUCCGGCUACCGGGAUCACACCGCGUGACCUGGCUCAGAACGCGGAAUUCUUGAAGUUGCUCCUCCAGCAAUGCCAGCUUCUCACAUACAGCCUUGGCGCUGGCACUGACAUGAGUCUUGAGCUUGCAGAGAUGACUGCUCGUCUGGAAGAGAUCCGGCAAGACAUUAAUGCCGUCACCGAGGAAAUGGAGGAUUUCCUAGAACGAUACGGUCUUGUCACACUUGACAAUUUUGAUGUGCAGGAUGCACCCAAGCAAUCAGUGUCUCUUGAUGAUCUGGAAUCUUUUGUUGAAGGCGGUUUCAACAAUCCUAUGCAGAUUGAAGAUGAUGAGACUUGUACCACAAAUUGA